AUGCUUGCCCGCGCUGCCUUCCGUGCGUCCACCACGACGUCGCUCGUCUCCCGCCGCGGCUUCCAGUCGACCCGCGCCCGUCUGGACAGCCCGUACCACUACCCGGAGGGACCUCGAAGCAAUCUGCCAUUCAACCCAUUGACCAAGUGGUUUGCACUGAGAUUCUGGGGGUUCUGUGCUGUUGGAUUCGCGGCGCCAUUCCUUGUCGCUGCGAAUUCCGCAAUGCGCAACCUAAGGAAUGCCGGACGGUUACUAGUUCGGUUUCCCGACAAUCCUCUUCCACUUGCUGCUACUGCGUGGGAUACCACUAAGGACUCACUGAUAUGCGCCUUUGGGCCGUCUGAGUCGAGUGCCGUAAUCGAGCUCAAACGCCUGCGUCAAGAUGCAGCUUCUGGCGAAGACCCUAUGAUACCCAUCUCAUCUUGGAACGCUCCAUGUCCUUUGCCAAGUCUUCUUUGCGACUCAAUAUUGGAUCUCCAUUAUUUCUCAGGUUCUUCAACAACAUGUCUUAUCCUAGCCGGAGGAGAUAUAAUACUCGUUCGGGAGCAAUCGCUCCCUGGAGAAGUCACCAUAGAAAUCGUAGGCUCAGUAGACGCAGGCAUAUCUGCAGCUGCGUGGUCGCCCGAUGAGGAGAUUGUGGCCAUCACCACACACGCCAACACCCUUCUCUACAUGACCCGAGAGUUCGAAAGCCUCACAAGCAUUACUUUGAGCAGAGAAGAUCUGAAAGAAUCACGUCAUGUCUCCGUUGGCUGGGGUAAAGCUGAAACGCAGUUCAAAGGCAAAAGAGCCAAAGCGUUACGGGACCCUACAAUGCCAGAGCAUGUCGACGAUGGAGUGCUUAGCCCACAUGAUGACCGCUCGGCAACCAUCAGCUGGAGAGGCGACGGUGCAUAUGUUGCUAUAAAUACUGUUGAAGACGAGAAGCGAAGAUUGAUUCGAGUCUACUCCCGAGGAGGUCUACUUGAUAGCGUCAGCGAGCCUGUGGAUGGGCUCGAAGGGGCUCUUAGUUGGCGACCGUCGGGAAAUAUCAUCGCCGGAGUGCAACGGCUAAAAGACGGUCUUGACGUCGUAUUGUUCGAGAGGAACGGCCUUCGUCACGGUCAAUUCAGUCUACGACUAUCCUCUGAAGAGUUUGACCUUCUUACCAUACCUUUGACUCUAAGUUGGAACAGCGACUCGAGCGUCCUCGCUGUUGGGUAUUCGAACAAAGUCCAGCUUUGGACCAUGGGGAACUAUCACUACUACCUGAAGCAGGAGCUAGAGUUUCCGAAAACAGAGUCCAAAUGCGCUGCUAUCAAUAGUUGGCAUCCUGAGAGACCUCUUCGCAUUUCUGUAGCAACAUUUGAUGCAGUUCAAAUGCUAGAGUAUGUUCUCACGGCGGCCAGCGGCCCCACAGUGGCUCCAAACGACUUUGGCCUUCUAUGUGUGAUUGAUGGAGCAUCUUUGAAGCUCACUCCCAUGAGACUCACAAACAUCCCUCCACCAAUGUCCCUCCAUCAGAUCAAUCUGCCAGAAAUUGCGCUAGAUGCUGCUGUAUCUGCAGCCAAUUCGCGAAUUGCCAUUCUCACAAGAGAGGGGGUAUAUGUAUUUGCGCUUGACAUCCACAAGAAACCAGUUCCUGAACCCACCCUAGUUUGGCGCUGUGCUAGUCCACCGAAUCACUACCCACGCCAAAUAGCUUUCGUUUCAGAUACUGAUAUCUUCUUGAUCACUGACCAAUGGAACGGAUCCGCAAGUACUCUAUGGAAAUGUGAAGAGCAAGGCGUCACCUCUUAUGGGGGCGUGUCAGGGAUGAGAAGCAGUUCGAAUAUCACUUCCAGCCUGGAUAGAACAGGUCUAUUCGUCCAGACUUCGAAUGGUGCUAUAUCAAGUAUUGCUACCAAACAGUCAGCCCCUGAGGUUGAAGACCUCUGCCUUGCUUCCGUUGCCAAAUUCCCAUCGCCGGUAUCGCUGGUACAAGUCGUAGUUCAUGCGGAUGAGAAUAUUUGUUUCGGCCUAACUACGAGCGGAGUUUUGUAUGCCAAUGGCCGCCUUCUCGCUAGGAACUGCACCUCGUUUCUGGUCACGUCUGCCCAUUUGAUAUUCACAACUACUCAACACUACAUAAAAUUCGUUCACAUUGCAAAAGAUGAAGAUCUUGAGAUUCCCCCGGACGAGCCUGAGGUUGACGAAAGGUGCAGAACUAUCGAACGCGGGGCACGACUGGUUUCCGUCAUGCCGUCUAUUUACGCAGUUGUCCUACAAAUGCCGCGAGGUAACUUGGAGACUAUUUAUCCUCGAGCUCUCGUGCUAGCUGGGAUCCGCAAAAGCAUCGACAGAUUGAAUUAUAAACGAGCGUUCCUAGCAUGCCGCAAUCAGCGCGUGGAUAUGAACAUCAUACACGACCAUGCGCCCGAGCAAUUCAUGGCGAACAUAGGCACGUUUGUAGACCAGAUUCAGAAUGUCGAGCACAUUGAUCUCUUCCUUUCCCAGCUCCGAGAUGAAGAUGUGUCGCAAACUAUGUACAAAAAUACUGCAAAGGAUCUAUCAUCCUCUACUAAUGGUGUAAUUCCGAACGGAACCGUUAAGACCGUGUCUAUUGGGAAAUCAUCCAAGCUGAACCGAGUGUGCGAUGCUUUCUUGAAAGCAUUCCAAGCAUGCGGGCAGAAAUAUUUGCAAAGCAUCAUCACAGCACACGUAUGCAAGAACCCGCCCGACCUCGAUGCGGGCUUGUCCAUGAUAGGGGAGCUUCAAGCUCAGCAAGAUCCUUUCACAGAGAGAAUAGCAGAACAUAUCUGCUUCCUAGCCGACGUUAAUCAACUCUAUGACAACGCUCUUGGGCUCUACAAUCUCGAAUUGGCUCUUCUAAUCGCUCAACAGUCGCAAAAGGAUCCUCGGGAGUACCUCCCACAUCUCCAGUCCCUCCACGAACUAUCGAUUUUGCGCCGCAAGUUCCAGAUCGAUAAUCAACUAGCACGAUACGGCAAAGCAUUAGGACAUCUUUAUGAUCUCCAAGCAUUUGAAGAGCUAAACGCAUACGUUGAGAAACACUGCCUUUACACUGUAGCCCUUGAGUUAUUCAAGUACCAGCCGGGACAUUACAAUGAGAUAAUGGGGCUCUACGCCGACUACCUCAACAAUAACAACCAGUACGAACUAGCUGCGCAUGCUUACGAGUCCCUCGAUAAUUACGCAGCAGCCAGCGAUGCCUGGCGAUCGGCAAACCUAUGGGAGGAGAGCCUCUCCAGUGCCCUGAAGGCAGGCACGCCCGACACGGACUUCACAUCUCUUGCAACGACACUCGCAGAAGGGCUCAGCGAGACCAGAGACUUCUUCGCUGCAGCAACGAUUCAUCUCGAAUUCCUCUCCGACGUCGAGACGGCAGCACGCAUGUUCUGCAAAGGCUACUACUUCUCGCGCGCCAUCCUCGUCGUCGAACAGAAACGGCAACCCGCGCUAAUCGAGGGCGUGAUUGAUCCAGGCUUAGUGGAGAGCUCGGCGACUAUGACGGAACUUUUAGCAGAUUGCAAAGGGCAGCUUGGAGCACAGGUUCCGCGACUGCGAGUGCUGCGGGUGAAGAAGGCAGAGGAUCCGCUCGCUUUCUUCGAUGGUGCCGAACACCCAGACAUCCCCGACAAUAUCUCCCUCGCUCCCACCGACGCCUCCACAUCGGCCGGAACCUUCAUGACCCGCUACACCAACCGCACCGGCACAAUCAAUACCACCACUACCCGCAAAACCUCUAAGAACCGCCGACGCGAAGAACGGAAGCGCGCGAGGGGUAAGAAGGGCAGUGUUUACGAGGAAGAAUACCUCGUCAACUCCAUCCGCCGACUGGUGGAGCGGAUCAACACCAUUAAUGAGGAGGUGCAGAGAUUAGUGAAGGGGUUGGUGAGACGGAAGAUGCGGGAGCGAGCAGCAACGGUUGCACAGGCGAUGGAGGAUGUGGUUGGGCUGUGUAAAGAGUCUGUAGAUGAGGUAUUCCAAGUUGAAAAGAAGGCAGCAGCGGAGGUAAGCGUCGGUGCGGAAGGCUCUGAUAGGCCGGUUGGGGCGGAUGGGGUGUUGUGGGACAGUAUGGAGGAGGCGGCUAGGAAUAAGGAACCGCCCGUGGUCAAGGAUUUUGAAAGGCUGUCUCUGAUAUAGCGGGCGACUACUAUGUAGGAAGGAAGGAAAGAAGAACAUUCUAAGUAGAAGCCUAAAAUCGAAUGAAUGUGAAUAUUAAUCCUGUACGUCGUUCCGGUUGUACGUCGGAUGUGGAUUGACGAACAGCCACGCGGUGAUUUCCCCGAAGCGAAACUUGAUCUUCA